CAAAUCCUGUCCGUUAAUCGCUUCUCGCCGGCUCGCAGGGAUCCAGACAUCAUGCAGUCAUCUGUGGGUGGUGAAUAUACAAUCUGAGUGACAAACACACACAGUCCUGCUCUGACGGUGCAUUCAGGAAGAAGCUGCUGCUAGCGAAAAUGGCGAUGAAAAUGGAUUUAAAUGCCAUCAUAGAGCAAAUGGAGACUGGAAAGCAAGACUCAGCUUUGACGGCUCUACAGAGCUACAGCCAGGAGAUGAACCACUGCUUCACAUUCAGUAAGGAAGACGCGCAGGACAGAGAGCUUCUGGGGGAGUUGGUGCUCGGUUUCCUGAAGAGGGAGUUGCAGCCUUCAUGUCAUCUUGCCUGUCUCGAAACGGUUCGAAUCCUGUCCAGGGACCCACGUUGCCUGGAUCCCUUCAUCAGCCGCUCUGCCAUGUCAACUCUUGCCCGCUACGCCGGCAUUGCUGUGUUCAGUACUGCCACAACUGCCCACAGCCAGCUGGUGGAGGGCCAAGUGGAGUGUGAGGGAGGAGAGAGGGAAGAGGCAGCAGAAGUCUCCAGCGAAGUGGUUAAGGAAGCCUCCCCUCCUUCAGAAAACUCUGACCAGGAAGUGAUUGUUGAGGCUCUCAAGUCCAUCUGUAACCUCCUGCUACACAAUGAGACAGCACAGGUGGUAGCAGCAGAUCUACAGCUGAUAAAGGGUGUCGCAGAGAGGCUGAAGCAGUGUCAUGAGCCCGUCUGGAACCAUGAGGUGCGUUUCUUUGACUUGCGCCUCACCUUCCUGCUGACUGCCCUGAGAGUGGACGUCAGGGCACAGCUGGUCCAGGAGCUUCACGGCAUCAGUCUGCUAGGCAACCAGUUGGAUGCCACACUGGAUCUGUGUUGGCCAGAUACAUUGGAGACGGCCAGGGCGGGGUUAGCGGGCGUCCCGCCUGAACAGUUACCCCCACUGAGCCGGCAGAAGACAGAAGUAGCCAUGGAAAUACUGAAGACACUCUUCAAUAUCACAUUUGACACGACCAGGCACAAGAUUGACGAGGAGGAGGCAGCAGAGUACAGACAUUUGGGAGCUAUACUGAGACACUGUCUAAUGAGCCAUGCAGACGGAGAGGAGCGGAAUGAGGAAUUCCACAGCCAUACUGUUAACUUGCUAGGCAACCUCCCUCUGCCCUGUUUGGAUGUACUGUUGAUGCCCAAAGUGCAACAAGGCUCCAUUGAGUACAUGGGGGUCAACAUGGAUGCUGUCAAAAUGCUGCUGGAGUUCAUGGAGAAAAGACUUGACCAGGGACAUAAGCUGAAGGAGACCCUUCUCCCAUCACUGAACUUGCUGACUGAGAGUGCCCGAAUCCACCGAGAGACCAGGAAGUUCCUCAGGUCCAAGGUGCUGCCCCCCCUGCGUGAUGUGAAGAACAGGCCAGAGGUGGGCAGUGCUGUGAGGAACAAACUAGUGCGUAUUAUGACACACUUUGACACCGACGUCAAGGACUGUGCUGCUGAAUUCCUCUUUGUUCUCUGCAAAGAAAAUGUUUCAAGGUUCAUUAAGUACACUGGAUACGGUAAUGCUGCAGGUCUGCUGGCUGCCAGAGGACUGCUAAGAGGGGGCAGAGACUCUGGGAUCUACUCUGAAGAUGAAGAGUCUGAGACAGAAGAGUACAGAGAGGCCAAAGCCCACAUAAAUCCGAUAACAGGAGUUGUACAAGAGGAUCAGCCCAAUCCCAUGGAGGGAAUGACAGAGGAACAGAAAGAAAUUGAAGCCAUGAAGCUGGUCCACAUGUUUGACAGACUGUCAAGGACCAAUUUGAUCCAGCCCAUGCAGCUCGGUAUGGACGGGACGAUGAGAGAGAUUCCUCCAGAGGAUCUGCAUAAACUGGCCCACAAUCCUUUGUUCCAGCCAGAAGAGCCAGCUAAUUCAGACAGUGAAGCUGAGGCCUAGCAAACAUAGAAGCAUAAAGCCAGAAACAUAUUCAAUUCCUGUGACAGCCGUGGAAGAUCUGUCUCAUUACUUUAGAUUUUCACGUCACACGGUCCAACCUGCUUCUCUUUAUUAGGUUAAUAGGAGGUGAAUUAUUAAUAUUAAUAAUAUUAGUUUGUAGAUUAGUUUACUUCCUACCAUACAUUUGUUUCAAAUCAUUUCAUUACAUGAAACCAACUUACUAUGGAGCACUAACAGCCCCAGAGAUUCUAAAGUAAAACAUUACAACAGAUAUUAAACCUCUUCACAUCAGGGUAUCAGGUUUGUAAUUGUUCAUUCAAGGAUGGUUUCAUGUAGGUUUGUGAGGUCGACACGUGACAAUGAGUUGUCUGACGACAAUGUUCCUCAGUCAACUCAAAUAAACAACAAUCUCUAAGAGGCUCCUUCUUUUGAUUUGACAGCUGAUUUCAUCCACAUGUGUGAACAUGUGUCAAAAAGUCAUGGAAAUUCUUGGAGACCCUAUACUUGAAAUGGUUGAACUUUAUGUACUUACUGGAUGUUGUCAAAGCCCUUCAUUAACAUCAAAAGUAUAGAUUUCUUGAUUUAUGUUGUCUUCCAAAAUAUAAAACACACACAUUUUAUUUAUUUAUUGUAAUUUUACUUUCCCUGGGGACUGACUGAUGGUUUCCCUUAAAUUCCUAAAAUUAGCACCCAACUCCAUGUUUUGAAGUUUAACAAACACAAAAAGACAAAAUUAAUUUUCUCUUUUCUCACAGGCGAUUCUCAAAUCUCAGAUAUCG